UCAGACUUGUCUUCUUGAUAUAGGAUAAACUUUAAAGUUCAAAAAACAAAGAUAAAACAAGGAAAAACUCAAACUUGAGAAAAUGGGUUCGCUUGUUCUAAUUGUACUGGUCUUUGUCCUUAACAGUUUUGUUAUGUUCAUCAAUGGUGGCAUAACAAGCAAGUACGUUAGGAGGCUAGAAGGAACCCUUGACAUGCCCCUUGACAGUGAUGUUUUUCAUAUUCCUCCUGGUUAUAAUGCUCCUCAACAGGUGCAUAUAACACAAGGAGACGUAGAAGGCAAGGCAGUGAUAGUGUCUUGGGUGACACAAGAAGCAACAGGAUCUAACACUGUCCUUUAUUGGAAAGAGAAUAGCUCCAAAAAGCUCAAAGCACAUGGCAAAUCCAAGACUUACAAGUUCUUCAACUAUACUUCUGGUCACAUCCACCAUUGCCCCAUCAGAAAAUUGGAGUAUGACACCAAGUACUACUAUGUGGUAGGUGUGGGACAAACAGAACGUAAGUUCUGGUUCUUCACUCCUCCUGAAGUAGGUCCCGACGUUCCCUACACGUUUGGUCUCAUUGGGGAUCUUGGGCAGACUUUUGACUCAAACAUAACCUUAACACAUUAUGAGAAGAACCCAACAAAAGGGCAAACAGUUUUGUAUCUUGGGGAUCUCUCGUACGCUGAUACUUAUCCAUAUCACGACAAUACGAGAUGGGACACUUGGGGAAGAUUUGUUGAAAGAAGCACAGCUUAUCAGCCCUGGAUUUGGACAACAGGAAACCACGAACUCGACUUUGCCCCAAAGAUUGGAGAAACCAAACCGUUUAAGCCAUUCACACGAAGGUACCGUACUCCUUACCGAUCAUCAGGCAGUACAGAAACAUUCUGGUACUCGAUAAAGAGAGGACCGGCUUACAUAAUCGUGCUAGCUUCAUACUCAGCAUACGGCAAAUACACACCGCAAUACACAUGGCUCGAAGAAGAGUUCCCAAAGGUUAACAGAACGGAAACUCCAUGGCUGAUCGUUCUGAUGCAUUCACCGUGGUACAACAGCUACGAUUACCAUUACAUGGAAGGCGAAACCAUGAGAGUCAUGUAUGAGCCGUGGUUCGUCAAGUACAAAGUAGAUGUUGUAUUUGCGGGUCAUGUCCACGCCUACGAAAGAUCUGAACGCGUAUCAAACAUAGAGUACAACGUGGUUAACGGGAUUUGCUCUCCGGUCAAAGAUCUAUCUGCUCCGGUUUACAUCACCAUUGGUGAUGGAGGCAAUCUUGAGGGACUGGCCACAAAUAUGACUGAGCCACAGCCUAAGUACUCUGCCUUCAGAGAAGCGAGCUUCGGGCAUGCGAUUUUCUCGAUAAAGAACAAGACUCACGCUCACUAUGGAUGGCACAGAAACCAGGAUGGUUACGCCGUGAAAGGUGACACCAUGUGGUUCUGUAACAGAUUCUGGCAUCCCAUAGAUGACUCUACUUCUUCUGAUUCUUGAGAAUCUCAGAAUUCUAUUUGUAUGCAUAAUGCAUCUGAUUCAAUAAACAAAUGCAAUAUGAGCUACUUAAUCAAUAAACUUCAUGGUGACACAACGAAAAAGAAGCUGUGGACCUUUUAAACAAUUAAAAAACAUGAG